AUGUUCUCAUUUGGCCUGUACGAGGAGAUUCGAGAAUUCAAGGAAGAUGCCAAGAAGGUCGCAGUGAAGAUUGCUGAUGAUAGGCGUUGUGAACAAAUCAAGAAGUUUGUCAAAGCGCCUCGAGAGAUCCAGGAACUUUGCGAAGAGGAUGCCAAAAGUGAAAAUGUCAAUCUGAUGGCGGUCAUCUUGAGAUCCCCCAAGGGCCCUAAGCUCGACAAGGCAGCCUACCAACGUAUCCAACAAGCCUCUCAAGCCUAUGAACGAUACAAGACCUACCUUACUUCCGGCGGAUCGGGCUCAGGCAAUGGAUCAUCGGGAGGAAAGCCAAAACCUAACGAUAAACCUGUCCCACCCAAGGGCGAAUCUGAAGAUGAAAUACCUGGGGUCUCUUCGGCCGGGGGACUUCCCAAAGUCUCAUCGGGCGGCGGGUACGGGUUAGCGGACAAGCCAACGCCCAAAGAUACGUCUUCCAAGACCAACAAAGAUCCUCCUCCUCCAGUCACAUCGGGUGGACUACCUCCAGUCACAUCGGGUGGACUACCUUCAGUCUCAUCAGGCGAUGGCUCAUCUGGAGGCAAGCCAAAACCUAAGGAUGUUAAAGAGGGCAAUUCUAAGGGCGGAAGCCCUCUCCCAGUUUCAUCGGGUGACGUCUCGUCGUCAGAUAACCAAAAGCAUAAAGAUACGCCUUCGAAGACGACUGAGAAAGCUCUGCCUACUCCAGUUUCCACAGACCCGGGUGCAGACAAGAAGGGUGGCAAUCCCACUUCUAGUUCCGCAAAAAGCUCUCCACCGCCUCCACCGCCUCCAGUCACCUCAGGGGAAUCGGACGAGAACGAAGAAGAAGACACGCAUGAUAAGGAAACUUCGAUACCACCUGCAGACAAAAAAGACGACAGCACCAAGAGUACCGAAGACUCCAAGUCCUCCGCAGCGAUUAUCAAGGUUGCCGGAAGCAAUAGUCCUUUCGCACUGGGGCUAGUUUCUGUCGCAACACUCCUCAUAUUGUAA